UGGUGCUACACACGUGUGUAGCACCAAUCAGCGGGGAACCAGUUUAGUCGAAAAUUCGGCCUAAUCCAAUCUUGGGUAGAUAGACCAUCUAAUCAUUGACUUUCUUCGGAAAAAAUGGAGAGAGAAACGACGCCUGUCGAUAAUUCUCCCGACAGUUUAACUCCACCAGUUAAAAGAAAUCAACCGGACGGAGAAGUGGAGCAUUCAUCGGAAAAUGGAAAAAAGCGUAGGCUUAAACGUGUUCAUUUCUCCAAUAUAAGUUCUUCGCCCCAUACUCGAGUCGAGAGUGUUGUUACUAGCGGUUCUCUGAGUCCAUUAUGUAUGGAGAAUGUUCCUAAAUACACAUUAAAAUGGACAAAAGAAGUUCUACCAUGUCUGAGAAUUAAAGUUGAUGAAAACAAAUCUACUAGGUCCAUGUAUGAUGUGUUCAUUGGUGGCUGUUUACAUCUCGUAUCUAAAAACAAGAUAUUGGGCAUUAUGAGCUCCUUUGCAAAUCGAGACAGAGAGAACAAAAUUAUGAUUGAUAGUUUCCAGCAUGUGUUUCAAAAAGUGUUUACGUUGGAUAGCGAUUCUAUUUUAAGUAUUAAAAUGAACGAUCUUGUUGAACUGGAGGAGGGUUUAAAGAAUCCAUUAUGGAUGAAAAGUUAUGCAGAGCAAUAUGUGUACAGCGAGAAAAAAUUCUGCAAAAGAAUUUUAAAGGACAUCUCAAGAAAGCUUCAAAAAGUUAUCUGGCAGUUAAUGCACAUGGUGAGGAAGUGCCAAAAUCAGGAUAAAGAGAUUUCAGAGGGGAUGUUCCAAGAGCUGUUUGUUUUGUUUGCUGAAGUGUUCAAUUUACAUAUUAUGGCUGGUUCUAAUGUGGAAAGGUAUACACUUGACACUGGAAAUGACAACAAAUAUGUUGCUAUACCAGAUGGAGUGUUAUGUCAUCCAACAACUGAGGAGGAAAGAGUUUGUGCUGUAAUAGAAGUGAAAAAAUUCUACCAAGAUGAAAAAGAUACAACAACCAGAGCAUUGCAAAGCAGGGAGAGAACAGACAAGCCACAUCAAAUUGGGUCGGAAUUACUAGGUCAACAUGUCGGACAGACCUUAUGUGGUCUUCCUCAUUCCUUAUUUGGAAAUAAAGGAAUUUUUGGGAUUCUAGUCCAAGGAACAAAAGUGACCAUCUCUACACUUGAAGCAGACGAUAGCUACUAUCGGUGCUUGAGCAGUGGAUAUAAUUUGAAAACAGGAGCCACAGUAACAUUUAGUGAACAGUACAAUAUUCUACAAAAAGAGGGGAGAAUUGAUUGCAUUCAAACCUUUCUGGACAUGAAGAAACUACUUGAACUCAUCUGUGAGAAAGAAUUUCCUUAAUCAGUUGUUAUCAGGUUGGUUCAUGUAUAAGAUGAUUUUGGUGUACCCCAUCAAUUUCACAACAUAUGUGAUUCUCAUAUGAUUCUUAUGAAAAAGGGAAUCAAGUUUGCUCUCAUAUGAUUUUCAAAAGAUAUCGUGUUUGUCUUUUAAUGGUAUUUCAACCAAGAUUCAAAACAAAAGGGUCAAUUAUGAUUAUCAUAUGAUAUGACCACAUGAUGCCUUUUAUCUGUUUUGUUAAGGAAGCUGUUCAUAUGAGUCUCUUUGUUUAAUCAAUUUGGGUUAAAUUUUUACUUGAUUAGUUGAAAUGGUACAUGUAUUUAGCUUGCUGAGUGUUACUUAAACAAUAAAAUGCUUUUUUUUGUUGUGUUAAAAGGGUAACAACGGCUGCAAUAAGUGCAGAAAUUUUGCACAGAUUACAACUGUUAUCUCCCUUUUAGCAUAACAAAGAAAGACAUUUUAUUGUUUAUUUUCAUAUCCUUCAUAAAUUAUUUACAUAACAUGGACGAAAAUACAUAAUAUCAUAUGAUUGAUCAAUGUGUCACAAAGAUAGAAGAGCUGUUAACUUUUUGACCUUUGACACCAUUUCUACAUUUGGAAGUUAAAACUUCUGUAUUUGGAAAUUUCCUGUAAUGUCAAUAUUCACAUGGUCUUGUAUAUCAUUUGUAACCGGAUCAAACCAGUUUUAAAGGUGUGAGACAUUCCUACAUGUAGUUAUUGCUGCAAAUACUCUUUUAAAAGAAAUAGCACUUUGCAUAUUCAAUAGUCGUUAUUAUGAUUUUAUUUGAAAUAAUAACCUAUCAGUAAGUCGAGUGAUUUGUGACGUGUUUCAUACCAAUUCUUAGGCUGUCAUUUACACACUGAUUUUGAUUACGGAUUACUCAAUUUUCCUAUUAAGAUUGAGGGCUCAUGACAGUCAACAAGAAAUGCUUACAUACUCCGAGACAUUUUACCCCUUCUGGUAACUCCAGGGCCCCGUUUUGUCAUGUUCUGAAUUUUUUAAAAAAGAUUCUUUACAGGACUUAUGAAAUUGAAAUCUUUUCGUUGAUUUACCCUUUUAUAGCAUAACCCUGAUUGAGUUUCAAUGUGAAAUUCAGUUAAUGUUAAUGAUUAUCAAGGUACUCCUAGCAUUAUUGUGGAAUUAAUUGCAUGUUGAUCAGCUUGAAAAAGUGAAGAUAACAAAGUUGAACAGUGAUCAAUCUCACAAAUCCCAUAAAGAUUUUGACAAACACGAACUGCUGGACACAUCAGAGGUGGAAUCAGGUGCCUAUGGAGAGUAAGCAUCCCUUGUUGACUGGUCACACCCACCAUGAUCCCUAUACAGUGUAUCUUGUUUAUGCAUUUUUCUCACUCUACCAAAUUUUAAGGAGACCAAUAUCACUAUUAACUUGUAUACCUUUCAAAGUUGGAGAGUAGUUCGAAAAGUUAAGAUGAGUAAAUCCUUAUGCAGGAUUAAAUUCGGAUUCAUACACAGACAGGAACAUUUCUUGAGCAUGUGUGCAGUUAGGUUUUCCAUCACCAUGCUUGAAGAAAGAUGAAUGCUUUUAAAGAUAGAUUUUGAAAUAACUAAUUGCUUUCAGAAAAGAGAAAGACAUAAGAAUGCCUGAUUAAGUAAAAAGAAAAUUACCAUUCCUGUAUUAAAGAUAUCUCAUAAUGUGUACCGAAAUCCUUUUGAAUUGAAGAUUGAUAAAAAUAUAUGUCAUUUUCUCACAUAAUCACCAGUGUGAAAUCGACUUUACCCAUGUGAGAUUUUUUUUGUCUUACACAGCUACAACCUCAGUGAUUAUGGCAUCAUGUAUUUUCUAUGAUUUACGUUACAUGGACUGUUUGUUAUCUUCACCUUUCAUGAAAUCAUAAAAUAUUUUGCAUUGCAUUCUUUGAAAUUUGAUUUGAUAUAGGUUUUUGAUUGAAGGCAUCAGUUUUUUUUAAUUUACAGAUAAAGUGUAAACCAUUGUCGACUGUUCUUUCUGUUGGUCGAAUUAAAAUGUGAGAGAAAAAAUAGUCCUUCAUUAUUUACUCGUUAGGGAUAGGAAAAUUCCACCUUGGGGGUAAGAUUUGCUGUCUAGGACUUUGCACAGCCUCGUCCUAGCCUGCGAAUGUUGUUUCCGAGGUGGAAUUUCCCAAUUUCAUACCUGUGCGAACGAAAGACUCCAUCAUAAAUCUCAUCCAGUGCUAUAGCAUGGGGUGAUGAUGAUGGAUGUUGCAGUCUGGAAGUGUCAUCUGUUGGAAUGAAUUCGUCCAUGAAAUCCAUUAUUAUACCCCCCCGCAACAAGUUGGGGGGGGGGGGGGGGUAUACUGGAAUCGGGUUGUCCGUCCGUCUGUAGACGCAAUGGUUUCCGGGCUCUAAAGCAUUAUCCUUUCCACCUACCGUCACCAUAUCAUAUAUAUGGACUACCCAUGGAAUGAAGAUGUUCCCUAUCGAUUUUGGGGUCAAAAGGUCAAGCGCACUGGACAUCGAUGGUUUCCGGGCUCUAAAGCGUUAUCCUUUCCACUUACAGUCACCAUAUCAUACAUAUGGACUACCCAUGGAGAUGUUCCUUAUCGAUUUUGGGGUCAAAAGGUCAAAGGUCACGCGCACUGGAUAUCGAAGUAGCAAUAUGGUUCGGUUUGUCAUGCCAUUUGUUUUUUACACUCAGAAAAGAAGUAGUUUAUACCUAUUACCAACACCCUUUGGGAGAUUGGGGUAAGCGGGGAGUAUUCUUAGUGAGCAUUGUGAGCAUGAAGUGUUUGGUGCAAAGUAUUUUAUAUGGUGAUAACAUGAUUUGGAUGUCGAUUACUUUUUUUAAUACUCUGCUGCACAGUUUAUAUGAAUAACCUGCCACAAGUUAUCAUGUAACCUAAUACAAUUAGGUCCAUUUUUUGAAUAGGUCUGUCAUGAUAGCCAACACGUCGUUAAAUGAAGUCAACAAUGUAUUUCCCCCUAUAUGUUUGAUUAGGUUCAAGCAGUCAGACUAAUAGACACUCUAUUGUUGACGUUUUAGGUAUGGUGAUGUAUACUACUCAAAAUUUGAUAAGGAUCACUAUGUUAUAUGUGUGUAAUUUACCACUAACAUAACAACAGACAUAAAUUUGACUCAGAAA